GAGGGUGUGCCUGCUCACACGGCAGGGAGCAGAGCUGGGAGAAGGAGCCCUGAGACACGCUGGGCUUGGGGACGUAUGGCAAGGAGGGGUUCAGGAGAUUAACCCCAAAAAGAGACGCGGUCGCUGUGGCAUUGCGUGGUGUGCGUGGUCAGGUGCAGAGCAGCUCCCCGUCCUCCGUGGUUUGCAGCCAUGCUUCACUCUCCGCUGAAAACGGCGUUGGCAUAUGAGUGCUUCCAAGACCAGGCCAGCUCCACGCUGGCCCUGCCCUCGGAUCACAAGCUGAAAACGAAGGGCACGGGAAAACAGCGGGUCCAGGAGCAAGUGAUGAUGACGGUGAAGCGGCAGAAGCAGAAGUCGUCGGUGUCAUCGAGCGUGGGGCACUCCAACAGAGGUUCCAUGUACGACUGUGUAGCUGAUGGUUAUGGCUACGGGACGUCCCGGGGCAGUUAUUACACCAAAACCCAAAUGGGAAACAGCAGCUGGGGAUAUCCGCUGUACAACGGGACCCUGAAGCGGGAUGCUGAGAACCGGCGCUACAGCUCCUACAGCCAGAUGGAGGGCUGGGGCAGCAAGCACUACAGCAAGGCAGUCUGCAGCCCCAACAGGGCCGGCAGCGACUACUGCUUUGUGCAGAACAUCAAGAGCAGCCGGAGCGAGCCCGACCUCUACUGCGAACCACCGCGGGGCACGCUGAGGAAGAGUCAGGUCGGGGGUCGGGCAGAGCACAAGACAACCUUGAACCGCCAGAGCAUCUACAGCAGCUGUAGCACCCAGCAAGGAACUACCAGGACAAGUAAAAAAAUGCCUGCACGGGCCCUCUCCUGCCCCUCCAGCAACAAGCCCGAUGUGGUCUAUGCCCAGCCUGUGAUGAGCUGCAAGCAGGAUGCGGUUUAUGGACAGGCUCAGUCUGGCUCCAAAAUAUGUGGUGACGAGAUAGAUGGUGGCACAAUGACCAUCCAGAAAGCCAUACAAUUCCUGUGCUCCUCUGAUGACAAAUACCAGGCCAUGGGGGCUUAUUACCUCCAGCACACCUGCUUCCAGGAUGAGUCUGCCAAACAAGAGGUCUAUCGGCUCGGGGGAAUUGCCAAGCUGGUUGAGCUGCUCCGCAGCACCAACCAAAACGUACAGCGGGCGGCAGCCGGAGCCCUCCGGAAUUUGGUCUUCAGGAAUCCAACCAACAAGAUAGAAACCCGGCGGCAGAACGGGAUAAGGGAGUGUGUGAGCCUCCUGAGGAGGACGGGGAACACCGAAAUUCAGAAGCAACUGACAGGUCUGCUCUGGAACCUCUCUUCCACUGAUGAAUUAAAAGAGGAGUUGAUACAAGAGGCCCUCCCCGUCUUGACAGACUGUGUUAUCAUCCCUUUCUCUGGUUGGUCUGAUGGUGGCUGCAACAGGACAAGGGAAAUUAUCGACCCCGAAGUAUUCUUCAAUGCCACAGGGUGCUUGAGAAACCUCAGUUCUGCAGACAUGGGACGUCAGACCAUGCGAAAUUAUCCUGGCUUGAUCGAUUCUGUCAUGACUUACGCCCAGAACUGCGUGGCUUCUAACCGACCCGAUGACAAGUCUGUGGAGAACUGCAUCUGCAUCCUGCACAACCUCUCCUACCGCCUGGAUGCUGAAGUUCCCAACAAAUACACCCAGCUCAACCACAUGGCCCGGAGCGUUUACAUGGACAAAACUCUCACAGGCUGCUUCAACAGCAGGAGUGGCAAAAUGGAGAAUGAUGAGUAUGGUGUCCCUCUCCCUGAAGAGGAUUUUAAACCCAAGGGACCCAGCUGGCUGUACCACUCGGAUGCCAUCCGCACCUACCUGUCCCUGAUGGAUCACAGCAAGAAAGAUGCCACCCUGGAGGCUUGUGCUGGAGCCCUGCAGAACCUCACUGCGAGCCGAGGGCUGAUGUCCAAUGCCAUGAGCCAAUUGAUUGGGGUGAAGGAAAAAGGUUUGCCUCGCAUCGCGCGGCUCCUGCAGUCCAACAGCUCCGAAGUUGUCCGGUCUGGUGCUUCUUUGCUGAGCAACAUGUCCCGACAUCCUAUCCUGCACAAAACCAUGGCUCACCAGGUGCUCCCAGAUGUAUCACGUCUCCUGUCAUUCCAGUCUGGAAAUACCAACAGCUAUGGCGAGAUCAUGACAUCAGCUUGUUACACUCUGAGGAACCUCAUCAUGUCCAACCCACACCUGGGAAAGUGUUACUUGACAAGCAACGUGCUCAAUAAUGUAGUAAGCCUGUGCCGAAAUGGCUCCUGUCCAAAAGCAGCUGAAGCUGCUCGCCUCCUCCUGACAGACCUUUGGUCGAACAGGGAGCUCCAGAGUGUGCUCAAGCAGCAAGGAUUUGAUAAGAACAUGAUGGGAUCUUUAGCUGGGACGACCUUCAGGACUCUUCCCUCCAGAUUUUAGGAGCCUCUCCACACACAUUUGGGCUGCAGAGUUUGGAAUUGGUUCAUCUCCAGGAACACAACCCGUUCACAGUUACUUAGGAUGUUAAAGAUGUAGAGUGUUUGUGAGUUAAACUCAACUGUAAAGCAAACCCAACAUAUGGAUUUCAUGUGGAUCGUACUGAUAUUUUUAAGCAUUUUCUUCUUUUUUUGGGGGGGGGUGGGAGAGGGAGAAGGGACUUUUAUUGAGGUUAUAGUUUCUUGAUGUCAAUAUUUUUAUUAUUUUUUUGCAAAGAGUGUGUCUGUGUAACUGUGCCCACAUUGCUGUGGUGUGCAUGCGGCCAGCGCUCACACCUGGCGAGUAGGGCUGAGUCCCCACCAAAACUCAGUGUCAGCUGUGCAGUUUCAGCCCCUCGCAGUUAUGACGAAUCUCACCCGAUCCAUGCAACAAAUGCUGCCACAACAAAUUCUUGUCACAACCCAUUUUCACCCAGAAGUGCAAAAAUUGCCAGUUUGAUGUUGUCCCCACGUUGCAUAUGGCUGUUAUCAACAGAUACACACAAAACUCUUCUUCGAAAAGGCUGCUUCUUCCUAACAUUUAUGAACAUGGGCUUCUUUCCUGCUUCUGAUUUUUUUUUUCUCCUAUGAGCUCUCAUAGUUAUUAGUAUUUCCUCUCCUGUCACCUGAACUCUUUAUCUCCAGAAGCAAAUUGUUGGCUGCUGAUUCUCCCCUGGCACUCAGCAACUGCUCUCUGAAGCUGUACGGACAGUGCUAACACAGAGCGUGGUCUCACCAGGUGCCAAAUCAAUCACCGGGCACUGGAACAAUGCAACCACGGGACCUUGUGUGGAGAAAUAUGGCUUUUGGGAAGCUGGAGCCUGGAGGAGGAGCUGGCUUUGCCCAGCGUCACUGAGUGCCAAGAGUGAUGGAUAUGGCCUUUGUCAUCGGGCUUUGUUUGUGCCAAGCAAUGUAAAGAAAUAGCAAAAAUGGAAAAGCAUGUGAGAAAUGUGAGCUCGGAGCCAGAGGGGGGGGAUCAGCAGAGGAAGUGCUGCGGGUGCACAGAGAUGUGCAGAUGUGGAGGGUGCAGGAGGCGUUUGGGAAGGAUGGGUUAUGGAGCUGAGUCUGGGCAGGGAGAAGCAGUCUCGUGUUUGCAGGGUUCAGCUUGGUGACAGCUGGCACAUCCCACUGACCUGGCAGGCCUGGCUUUAGCUCUGCUCUGGGUAGCAUCAUCCCCACCCAGAGCGCAGGGCGCAGAGCGAGAGGAGUGCCAGCCGCUUCUCUCUUGGUCUACAAAGGGUGGCUCAGCCUUGUGCACUUUAAUGAGCAACAGCUAUUUGCUUGCAUUCACCCACGUUCAGUCGAGAGCUUUCUGUGCGGAGCUCCCAGCCAAAUGAAAGAGCAAAAAGCACCUUUGAAGUGGAGAGCUGGAACCAGGCGAAUCCGGUAGGACAGUUUCAGGAGCAUUUAAACAGCAGCGGAGGAGCCCAGGCCUGUGGGCAUGCCCUCACCACGGCUGCCAGCUGUUGCAUAGCUGGUGUAUGUCCUCAUUUCAUGGUUCAGAAUGUUUUUGGCAGGACCCAAGUCUAUGGACAUCCAGAAAGGCUGCAGUGUCUGCAGGAAGGGUGGUUGUAGUUUUGCUUUAGGAUUACGCUGCGUGCAAUUUUGCAUUCAGAUUUGCUCCUGUAAUUAUACGUUAGGCAGAAGUCCUGGGAGCUAAUGUUUUUCCCUGUAAAAUUAAUUGGGAAAGCUAACUGCAAAAUGUAAUGAUGGAAUAUUGAGGAAAUUCAUUCUAAUUGACUGUUAUUUGAGCUUUAUUUUAAAACAGUGCUGCUGCUUUCACCGGUAAUGCAAUUUACAGCAGCACUAUAUUAGGCACAAAGAGCUGCAGUAAUCAUCCCACAAUUAAAUUUACAAGUCCUGGAGGUUUCGUUGCAAAGUACUGAGCUCAGAGGGUUGGAUGCAUCAUUCACAUCAGUGUUAGUGACGUACAGCAAAGCUGACCAAAUGAUACAAAUAAAAACUGUCUCCAUCCUCGGAGAUCUCAUACGGAAUCAUGGAAUUACUGGAGCUGGAAGGGGCCUUUGAAGGUCAUCUGGUCCAACUCUCCUGCAGUGAAGCUGAUCUUCAGCUCUUGGCUGCACACAGCCCUGGAUGCUCUCCCUGCCCUGAGCUGGGAGCUCCCUCCAGCCUCAGUUUCCCUACAGUGCUGCAGGUUGCUGCUCUCAUACCUCAGAAUACAGCUAACCCAGGAGAGCAGAGCUGAGCUGCGGCCCCUCUGACACCCCUGGGCUCUUUGCAGCCCUUUUUCCCCCCAAGAAAACUCUCUGAUACUCAUCUCUAUUUCCCUCUCAUUCUCUCUGUGUUAAAUCUGGACUACAGACUCUACCCACAUAGGUGAAGUGAUGCUGAUGUCUGGCAGUGUAAGGAAAACCUCUGGUGUUGCUCAUACCCAGCAGUCUGGGGACCUUCUUUUCCAAACCACGCAUCUCCCAGGGGCAGAGCUCAGCACCAGGAUGCUGCUUUCACUUUUUUCCACCAAUAUUCCUCCUUCAAGGGAGACAUUGCUUCAUAGAGGCAGAUCUUUAGCUGAGACAUGCUCCUUGCUGAGCUGUUUUCCUGUUUUUUUUCUCUGUGUAAAAGGCAAGGCAGGGUGGAUCUGCAGGGAUACAGCUGGGGCAGGUCUGCAGGGCAUGGGUUGGAGUGAUGGAGAACUACUGAAGAGGGAAGGACCACAGGGAGCAGCACCCUGAUCUCUGCCAGCAGCAGAAUAAGAGCAAUUGGGGCUUGAUUUGUGCGCAGGACACACAACCAUGUAAAUAAAUACCACGCUUGUUUGUCCUGGGCUUAGCAGAGCUUUUUGGCCUGUUUUCUCUUAAAUGCUUUAUUUGUUUCGUGUAUGUACAAUCCAACCCACCCCAGCAUUUCAGAAGCCUCAUGGACUGCAUGAAAGGCAGAAGGCAGUUUUAUUCCUCUCUGACCACACAGCAGUUUGAGACCACCCGAGCCUGCCAGUCCAUAGCUAUACAGUGUAUUCUGUAAGAUAUAGGUAUGUGAGAAUAAUGUAUCAGAGUUUUGUUUUGGCUGUACUGUAUGUAUUUGCUUCAUUGGAAAAGCUGAAAUCAAUAAAAAUUGCUGGAAUUUCUUCAAGCCAAUUGUUUCACAUGGAUUUAUUUUGAUUGUCUGGCCGUGAACUUUCCUGGGGAGUCACCACGAGUUACAUCUUCAGUCUGUGGAAGUCUAUCUGUUGAUUUCACCAUUUGGGGUCACUGCGAUGGGACCCUGAAGUUCCCUCCAAGCAGUUGUAGUCACUCCAAGGCCAUCGAUUAUUCCACCCCGAGUGUAUCACUGGCACUUUUCUAUGCUGGUGUCUCUGUGUCAUUUAGCACCCAUUCCUUAUUGGUCCGUAGUUCGCUGAAGUUUCACACACAGACAUCACCUUUAGUCCUCAGGCACACGGUGAUGCGUGGACUCUUCAUGCUAAUCAGGAGCAAAUUUAAGGCUGUUUCUGCUCUGGGGAUUUCCCAGCCUGCUCCCAGGAACUGCUGUCAGCAGCACUGAAGAGUUUGGUCUCUGCUUUGCAUCCUGCAGUAGCUGUAACCUGGUGUACAUGGGGAUUAAGGGAGUGUGGGGUGCACAGAAGACACAGUGCUCUCCAUGCUGGGGAGCUCAAAGCCAGCCAGGAAGCAGCGCUCUCUUGAUCCCCAUAAGUAGAUGGCUCUUCAAAGACAAAACCUGCCAAAGGGAAUAUGAUCUCAGCCACAAAGUGUGUUUAGUUUGUUUACUCGUGGCAAGGCUUAGGAAUGAUGCUCAGCCCUGGCCAGUAUCUUCCAAGAGGAUUUGUAGCUAUCAGAUAGGCUUGGCACAUCCUGCAAAUCCACGCUCAGAAAAAGGGAGGACAUCCUUCCAUGCUGCAGAGCUCCUCUCUGGAAGCACCCUUUGCUAAGAUCUCUGAGGGGUGGGAGGACAGCAGGGGAUGCAGCUCAAAGGCAAAGCCCCAAAACCCAAACUUCUUAAUCAGUCUUGGAUGGAUCUCACACGUCUCACACACCAACACUUUGAAACCAAAAUUGCAUUGGCAACCACCAUCAUUCCUUCCUCAAGCUGCUUCUAGGCCAUAGUGCAGCAGGCAUAUUUCCAGUUGGUUUUGGAUGGAGUGCCUCAGUAAUUGCCUUAUAAAAGCCCUUCUGAAGCAACGUAUCCAGAACUCCUUGACAGGAUUAAUUGUCAGUACCACGUGUAGUGAUGGUGUCCAUUCCACAGCUUUUUCAGGUACAAACAGCACCUGCAGGCACAGCUGAGUCCAGUCAUAUAAGUUACAAGCUACAAGAGCAAAUAGUCUUCUACAUGAUACAUUACCCAGUGUUUGGGUCUCUAUCCAUUUGAAGCAUAUAAAGUGAAUACCAAGAAUCUUGAAAAUGUUUGCAUUUGGGACCAGUAUCCUUCAUACAAGCAAUUAAGAAAAGCUCAUUUUUGGGCAGGUGUGGUGGCAAUGGCAAUGCUAAGUCAUGGCUUGAAGCAGAGAUGGAGCAGCUGGUGGGAAGGCAGGGCCAGCCCAGGGGAGCUCAGGUGCAUGCAGUGCAGCUGAUAGACUGGAUGGAGUGCAGCCAGGGUGCAUCCCUUCCCAGAACUCAUUUAAGGGUUGGCAGUGGAGGUGAAGGUAUUUCACUGGAGAUCCCUGCAUAUCUGAGGCCCUCUGAAGGUAAGCAGCUGCUUUUCUUUAUUUCUGUGCCUGCAGCUGUUGCAUUUGAGCAAAUCCUCCCUUGCUGCAGCUCUAGGAUCUUGCUGCUCUGCUGUCAUUGCUGGGCUUUCUAUUGUGUCACAGCAGGGAAUCUUGUAGGUACACACACUGUGUUGUGUUCAGAGCAUUCUUGGGCCUGUGGGAUGUGUUCCCCACAGAUCCCAGGCUUCCCCCAAAAUGCUCCACUGCCCCAGGUCAUCACCAAAAGCCCAAUUUGGGCUCAUUAAACAGCCCAGAGAUCACACUGCAGAGCACACCGAGCCUCAUCCACACACCACAACAGCACAAACGACCCGGUGGUGCCACCACCCCAUGUUGGAGCACAACAGAGCUCCCCUAUCUUGGUUUCCCCAAGCAGAAGCACCACUGUGGCAUCCCAGUCCCAUGUGGCACAUUCCUCCAGGACAUGUGGUAUCCUGUGCCCAGAAACCCUGCUCCAUACAGGCCCAGUGCGUGUAGAACAGCUUCAGUAUAGGCACAGCACCUGCAGACCAUGGCCCUACAGCACUCACACACCCCUGCUCCAGGGCAUCCCCACUGUGGGAGCCGGGGGUCAGGGAGAGCACGAGUGCCGUGCGAGGCACAGUGACUCAACCCCUAUUUACCUUCCCUGCAACGUGUGCAGCUUUGUGCUCCUCUAUCACACAACCCUCAUUUGUAUCCUUCCCACAGUUACGUCUCCUUGCAGAUGUAAUCUCACUGCGACAGAAGUUGUUCUCUAUGCAGGAUGGUGCUCAGCCCCUUUUUGGUGUUUUGCUCAGAGAGCUGUGGGUGCCCCAUCCCCAGAGGUGCUGAAGGCCAUGGAUGGGACUUUGGGCAGCCUGAGCUGGUGGGAGCAGCCAGUCCACAGCAGGGGUGGAAUGAUAUGGGUAUGAAGGUCCUUUCCAACCCAAGCCAUGUGAUGAUUUUUUGUCCUGAGUGACCUCCAUCCAUCCAGGCCUCAGGGAUGCUCUUCCAGUUUCCGGUACAGCCUCCUGAGCCUUGGAAAUCUCACACUGCGUGGGCAGACACAACUGGUCCUGAGCAACGCUUCUGCCAAUGCUGCAGGUCCUGGCUGGGAUCCCAGCUGUCCCAGAGCUGUGAGGUGGGCACAGCUGAGCUCUGCUCGGGCAGCUCAGUGCUGCCAUACCUGGAGCAAAGCAGGAGUCCUGCCCGAGCCUGGUGCCUCCUGUACCUGUGGAGCAAUUCUGCAAAUAGAAUCAUAGAAUCAUAGAAUGGUUUGGGUUGCAAUAGACCUCAAAGAUCAUUUAGUUCCAAGCGGGGAGCAAAGCCAGAAAAAUACCCUGCACAGGUGUGCCUGGCCUCCCAGAGCAAUGCAAUGGAAAAAGAGCCAGUAGAGAUUUCCAGAAACGGUAGCUCUUUUGGAAGUCCUGGCACUCCAAAACCCAAAUACUUUCCCAUAGAAGCAGAGUUCCUCCCUCCUUUCUCUUCUCAAGGAGCCUCACAAGAGCACUGCAAGUUCUUCCCUAACAGAUAUGAGCUCAGGCAAUAACAGUGGCUGCUUUUGGGUCCUGAGGCCAAGUUUCCGUCUGAGGGAUGACCAAGGCUGUACAACGAAGCACAGCAGGGAUUUGCUUUGCACAUCUUGUUGCUUUCCCUCCUACUUUCUCUAUUCUUUCCCUGGAAGUCUCUUUAUCUCACAGAUGGGCAACUCUUGCCUCGAUCCUUCAUGGCAGAACAGGAAAAUCAGUCUCACGUCAGCAGAGCUGAAAGAAACACUACA